AUGGCGCCCCGCGGUCGUGGAGGAAAGUUCUCCAAGCCCUCCCGAGGAGGAGGCAAGAAGUUCAGUCGAGACCUUCAACCGGUCGAUAAGGACGGCAACUCAGUCGGUCUCUGGCGCGAUCCCGAAGAUGAGAUCAAAUCCUCCAGCGACGAGUCAUCAUCCGAAGAGAGCUCCGAAGAGGAAAGCUCGGACGACGCCGACGCAGGAACCAGCCAAGCCGCCGCCGCCUCAGAGGCAACCCGCGAGGCUCGCAAAGCCGCCGCCAAAGCCAAAAAGCUCGCUGCGCUUGCCAAACGCAAGCAACAAGCCGCUCAGCCCGGCGACCUGCCCCCUUCGGAUUCUGACGAAUCCGAAGAUGAGGGCCUGGGCCUCCCCGCAAACCCCAACCACACCGCCAAGUCCCGCUCACAGCUAGUGAAGAAGGACGAUGAUGAGGAGGAGCCCAAGAAGGUUGUGAAGAAGGAUAUCUCGCAGCUCUCACGACGAGAGCGCGAAGCCGUCCAGGCGCAGCAGGCUCGCGAGCGGUACAUGAAGCUGCACGCAGAGGGCAAGACUGACGAGGCGCGUGCUGAUCUUGCACGGUUGGCUAUUAUCCGUGAGCAGCGUGAGGCGGAGCGGGCUCGUAAGCAGGCUGAGAAGGAGGAGAAGGAGGAGCAAGCCCGUGAGAAAGCUGCGCUUACGAAGGAGCGUGAGGAUAAGUUGCGGGCUGCUGCUUUGGGUAAGCCUGCGCCCAAGAAGGGCAAGAAGAAUUGA